AUGGGUGCCUCUCUUUGUGCUCCAAAAAAGAAGAAAACGCAAGUAGGCGCCUCGUGGGUUGGAAAUGAAUCUGAAAAUCCGUUCGACGCUGCUCUCAAUAAGAAAGAUCGGACACUUUUGAGAGAGACUUGGCAGAGAUUGGAGGAUCCAAAAGAUAUCGUUGGGCUCAUUUUCUUAGAUAUCGUCAAUGAUAUUGAACCAGAUCUGAAGAAAGUCUUCGGUGUUGACAGAGCUCCACGAGCAGCAAUGCUCAAAAUGCCGAAAUUCGGAGGGCAUAUUCUCCGAUUCUACGAAUUCAUGGAGCAGCUAACGUCAAUGCUCGGUACAUCUGAAAAUCUGACGGGCGCGUGGCAAAUGGUUCGAAAAACGGGAAGGAGUCAUGUCAAACAGGGAUUCUUGGAACAAAAUCAAAAUCAGAUGGAGAAGAAUUAUUUCGAAGUGGUGAUAAAUGUAUUCAUCGAGAGAUUAAUUCCAUUUUUGACUGGUGAACAGGAACUUCCCCCAGCAGAAGGAAAAGAACAUAAGAAAGUUCGAUUCGCACAAAACUACACGACAUCUCAAAUCGCAGACGUCUGGAAGAAGUUCCUAAAUAUUGUAAUUAGUCAAAUGACAGACGCAUUUGAAUUGGAAAGAGCAAAACAGAAGAGUGCUCAAACGACAAAGGCUCUUGCACCACAUCAACACGUGGAGAUUUCUGAAAGGAAGAAGAAGAAAGUGGCGGAGAAACAAAGUGAAAUCGAGAAUACAGUUGCAUCAAAUGAACCGAAAGAGCAGGAGCAAAUGUUCGAAGAUCCAUUUUAA